CCCAUUAACCCUAAUGGAUGUUACAGUUCAAACUCUGAAUUAAGCUGCACCAGGGAGCUUUCCGAGGGGUUGACCUCGCAUUUGCUUUUAUUAAAGUUCAUCGCGGGGAACAUGUUCUCGACAGAAUGUGUCCUCACAAAAAGGCGCAUUGCACGACUGGAAACAAACUCACUGCAGAACUGCCAGUCAUCAGGUUCAGUUCGCGACACACUGGGGACGCUCUGCUCAUCAGAGGAGAGAAAGUCUGCGAAAAGAUGGGCCGUCAGCGAACUGCUCAUCAAAAUCUUACUUUCCAGUUUAAAAUGGCAGACAUAUUCACCACAGAAUGAUGAGCCCUCUUCCACCCAGGAUCUGCGUGCAGGAGUUCCGGCCAUUUUUGUGGCAAUCUGGGCAAUUGUUCGGGCAACACUGGCAGAUUCAAGGUGCUGGGAGUUAAGUGCUGGUGACAUAAAAUGGAUCUACCAGGUGCCCAUCUUGACAGCAAUCGGGCUCAACUUUAUUUUGUUUGUGAAUAUCGUGAGAGUGUUGGCCACAAAGAUUCGAGAAUCAAACGUUGGGAGAUACGACACCAGGAAACAGUACAGGAAACUGGCCAAGUCCACCCUGGUGCUGGUGCUUGUGUUUGGGAUCCACUACAUCAUCUUUGUUGGGAUGCCUCAUACGUUGCAGGGACCUAGCUGGGAGGUCCGCAUGUACUGUGAGCUAUUCUUCAAUUCAUUCCAGGGCUUCUUUGUGUCCAUCAUAUAUUGUUUUUGCAAUGGAGAGGUCCAGACAGAAAUAAAGAAGACGUGGACCCGGUGGAACCUGGCCUUUGAGUGGGAGGGCCCGGUGGUGUGCGGCCGCUACCGCUACGGCUCGGUGGUCGUGGGUCUGAACAACAACAGCACCAGCAGCCAGUCCCACCUGGCCGCCGCCGGCUUCUCCUCGCGCUCCACCAUCCUCGCCUCCAGCCGCGCUCACCGGAGCGCCUGUCCCCCCGCCACCAACGUGCACGCCACCCUGCCGGGGUACGUGAUCACCAGCUCCGACCCGUCCAUCCCCGAGGAGGCGGAGGACAGUGGCCCGAAGCGAGUGGACGAUAUCUCACUAAAGGAAAACCUGCCGGUCAUGCACACGAGUCAAACGGCUGAGGAGGAGGAGGAAACUCUGUAGCAGCCAGCCUCCGUCAAGAAAAGUCACAGAAGUUGUCACAAAUCCUGUAGGAAACGAAAAACGAUUGAAAAGAAACUGUGAUUAAUUCAUUUUUCGCACUGCUUGGAGUUGGAGCCUUUCAGAGCCCUCGUAACAGGACAGCAGACCGGUGCUCACAGGACCACAGCACUGAUGGAGAAUCAACAAUCAACCUAACAUGCAUGCCUUUGGAUGGUUAGAGGAAGCCAGAGUACCUGAAAAAACUAAUGCUGGCAUAAGGAGAACAACUCUACAAAAGAAAAAAAAAAGAGAUCUGAACCGGAGACAUUCUCAUUGUGAAGUGACAGUUGUUGACCCAGGAGAUAUGAAAAGGAUAAUGAAUAAAAUAUGUUGAUACUGUUACAAAAGGGAGCUGGAAAACAUUUGAGAUGUUUGUUUAACUGUAAGUCAUUCACAGAUACACGCACAAAGAUUUUUAAAAAAGGCCAAGGCCCACCUUUCUUAUGUGCACCCUUAUUCCUUUUUAAACUUUUAAUAUUUUCCAUUUCAAAUGCAGGAGGUUUCAAAAUGAACCUUUUCUUGGAUUCAAAAGAAUAAUUAUCUUGA